CCUUACCAAGGCAUUGUAAAGUGGUAUUAAUACUUCAUGUGAUCUUGAUUCUAUCCCUCUGUUAAUGCAGCCUAACACUGUCUUGGCUUUUUUGGCAGUUGCAGCACAGCAGCCACAGCAUUUGAUAUGUAUCUCAUUUAGCACUUCCAGAUUUGAGAAAAUUGCACUGAAAAAAAAAUUAAUCUAAAAUUAGAGAUUUGCAUGCCAGAAUUUAUAUAUUUCAUGUUCAAAUUGUUUAAAUAUUAACUUCAGAUAUUUAUUAUGAGAAACAUAGUGAACAGGAGACAAAUUAUAACUAUAGAAUUUUUCAGCUUGAGAUUUUGGAAGUUUCAUCUUCUGCAUAUAUUUCUGUUUCAAAUACUUCUAGAGAUUGAUACUAUACUUCUAAAUUCCAGCAACCCUCUCUCUUUUAUGAUACUGACUGAUCAGCAUGUAUAUAUAUUGUCAUUGUAUUUUCUGGGUAAUGUGUGCAAUGUUAUACCAGUUGUUUCAAAUAUUCUCCUUGUAGUUUUUAUAUACAGUAGGGUGUAAUGAAAGCACUGCAGAGGAAUCAAACUGAAAUUACUGAAUUUAUACUUUUGGGAUUUGGGGACCUCCAUCAUCUGCAGAUCUUCCUGUUCCUCAUUUUUUUAGUGAUCUUCAUUUCAACUAUGGUAGCUAAUUUCCUUACGCUUCUUGUAAUUGUGAUUGAUCAAUGCCUGCACACGCCAAUGUACUUCUUUUUGGGAAAUUUAGCCUGCUUGGAGAUGAUAUAUAGUUCAACCAUUCUUCCCAGGAUGAUAGCUGCUCUCAUGACUGGAGACAACACCAUCUCUGUAAAAGGAUGCAUCACACAGUUUUAUUUUGGUUCAUUCCUGGUUUGUACAGAAUGUUAUCUCCUUUCUAUAAUGUCUUAUGACCGUUUCUUAGCUGUUUGCAAGCCUUUACAUUACGCAACUGUUAUGAAUAGUAAGGUAUGCAUUCAGCUGGCCACAGGCUCAUGGCUCAAUAGUAUUUUAGCCAUAUCCUUGUACUUGGGCUUGAUUUUACAACUGCAGUUUUGUGGACAAAAUGAAAUCGACCAUUUUUUUUGUGAGGCUCUUCCAUUGCUGAAACUCUCCUGCAGUGACACAUUUCUGGUAAAGCUUGUUACUUUCAUUGUGGUUUUUAUCAUCACUUUCCCUCCUUUUGUUUCAACUUUGAUCUCCUAUAUCUAUAUUAUUGUUGCCAUUCUGAAAAUCCCAUCUAUCACAGGCAGACAGAAAGCUUUUUCUACUUGCUCUUCUCACUUGAUUGUUGUCUCUACUUUCUAUGGAGCCAUUGUUAUUGUAUAUCUCAUACCAAAAACAGAUGAAGUGAGAGAUUUCAAUAAGAUUUUUUCUCUCUUGUAUACGGUCCUGCCCCCUUUACUCAAUCCCCUCAUAUACAGCCUGAGAAAUAAGGAUGUCAAAUGUGCUCUGAGAAAGGCUGCAGGAAAAUUGUUAGAUGGACAAUAUAUAAAUUAGUGAUCCAAAACCUGAUAGACAUUUACAGCUUCCAAAUUAACAUGAACAUUAGUUUGUGAUUGUUGAUUUUGCUUAAAUGGUACAUGAUUAUCUACAAAAUAAUUAUUGAAUUGAAUUUAUUUGUUUGUUUGUUUGUUUAAAUAUUUAUGAAAUUUAUUUGCUGUCCAUCUUGUAUCCAAUAUCUGGGAAGCUUACAACAUUUAAAUUACUUUAUGUUCAUUUUCUUCUCUCUUCUAGAAUAUAUUCCAUGAUAUGCCACCCAAAUCCAAAUGUAACUUUGGCCUGAAAAUGGUCGCAGGACUUUGAUAUACUGUAGAUUAGUAGAUUGUAGAGUUCAAACUUUGAUUAAUGCAGAGCAUCUGUAACUAGGGCAUCACAUCAAAGAUCUUGAAUGGCCCUUAAUGAGGACCCAGAUUGUUGGGAAUGAGGACCCAGAUUGUUGGGGGCAACAUGCUGACUCUGUAAACCACUUAGAGAGUGCUAUAAAGCACUAAUAAGUGGUAUA